UCAGUUCAUUUUCGGUUUUUGUGCGCAUCGGAGUUACCUAUAUAUCAAUUUCGAGGCGUUCCGACAUAAAUUAAAAACUAAUUUAUAGUAAAAGACGCGCUGCAGUCAACCUAUAUAUAUGUAUAUAUGUAUGUUAGCUGCAAAAAACGAGCACAAACAACAAGAAGCGGCAACCAAGUGAUUACGAAUUUCUAAACAAACAGAGCAAACGCCGGAGCGUGACUGAGUGAGUGAGCGAGCGAGCGAGCGAGCGUUUGGCAAAGAGACGAGUCGGUGUACAGCGCAUCUUAAUCCCGCCCGGACAGCAGUCGCCCCCUACCCCUAACACGUUCCAUCGCCAUGAGCAAGAAACCGACGGCCGGCCCGGCGCUCCACAAGGUCAUCAUGGUGGGCAGCGGCGGUGUUGGUAAAUCGGCCCUCACCUUGCAGUUCAUGUACGAUGAGUUUGUCGAGGACUACGAGCCCACCAAGGCCGAUAGCUAUAGGAAAAAGGUUGUGCUCGAUGGAGAGGAAGUACAAAUAGAUAUACUAGAUACAGCCGGCCAGGAGGACUAUGCAGCGAUCAGAGAUAAUUAUUUUCGCAGCGGCGAAGGUUUCCUCUGCGUCUUCUCAAUCACAGACGACGAAAGCUUCCAGGCCACCCAGGAAUUCAGAGAACAAAUAUUGCGGGUGAAAAAUGAUGAGAGCAUACCGUUCCUGCUGGUGGGCAACAAAUGCGAUCUAAAUGACAAACGGAAGGUGCCGCUCAACGAGUGCCAGGUGAGGGCGCAGCAGUGGUCCGUGCCCUACGUGGAGACCUCGGCCAAGACGCGUGAGAAUGUGGACAAGGUAUUUUUCGAUCUAAUCAGGGAUAUUUCAUCACGCAAAAAACAACGUCAGAUGGACGUGAAAGAGCCGGCGAAGCCUUCUCCUUGCUGCCAAUUGUUGUAAAAGAAAGAAAAGAAAGCAAACAUAGAACAAAAC